ACAAUCAGCUGAUAAAUGUGUGUGUUGUUUAUUUCGUCAGUAUUUUGAUUUUGUAGUGUCAUUCUCGCGUGUUUUCUUUCGUUUAUUUGUUGACAGUGGUGCAUUUUCUUUCCAUCAUGUACACCAAAAACCUUACCGCGAUACAUCGAUUCAAUGCCCUUCAGAAACUUUUGCUGUACAUAUCGCCACAGCGUAACUUAACCCGCGCUUUUAAUGUUGACGGAACAGUGACCGUGGAUGAUGUAACAAAACCGAUAAGACCACCAAAGAAUCCGGAAUUCGUACCGCAAAAAUACGUGACCAUUGGACCGGACGGUGACAGUAUCGAUAUUUCACAAACCACUCUGCAUCAUCUCCGAUGGAUGUUACAGAAGGAUCAGUUGGGUCAAGACAUGUUCCUCUUAGGACGACCCGGUCCCUUAAGACGGUCAGUUGCAAUGCAAUUUCUGGAGUUAACACAACGUGAGUUGGAAUACAUUUCGCUGAGCCGAGACACAACAGAAAGUGAUUUGAAGCAACGUAGAGAGAUUCAAGGUGGGACUGCAGUUUAUUUUGAUCAGAGUGCAGUGCGGGCAGCUGUUGAAGGACGAAUUCUUGUUAUCGAAGGAGUUGAGAAAGCUGAGCGGAACGUCCUGCCUGUUCUAAAUAAUUUGCUAGAAAAUCGUGAAAUGCAUUUGGAAGAUGGUCGGUUUCUUAUUCCAUCGGAUCGAUACGACAAACUGUUGCAGCAACAUAACAAAUCCGAACUGGAUCGCUGGGGUCUGGUUCGUGUAUCAGAAGACUUCCGUGUGAUUGCUCUCGGAUUGCCUGUACCGAAAUAUCGCGGUGCUCCAUUGGAUCCGCCAUUAAGAUCACGGUUUCAAGCGAGAGACGUUACAACGCUGUCGUACAAUGAAUUACUACAAAGUGCAAUUGAUAUCGCUCCGAACGCUUCGUUAAACAACCUAAAGCAAAUCGUAUCAUUCGGUUGUGCUGUUCUCUCGCCCGACUCUGCCUAUCCCGAUUUUCCAGUGGACAGCCUCGACAACAUUGCACGAAUAAUCAACAACAAUCCCAAUAUUCCGGUACACAAUGCCAUUUAUCGACUUUAUCCAUAUCGAACAUUCCUCGCAAAUGACGGCAUACAAGGAAUUUAUACGCUGCUGAAUACAUUGAAUAUACCGGUGCCGACAGAGGAGGGAAGUAGCCAUCGAGUCAUUGAUAUUCAACCAUCGGAAUUAAAUAAAUGUGUUGUGAAAAUGAACAUUGAUGCCAAGAAUGUUGAAGUGGAGGUUCCGCACGGUACGUCUCGUUUGGCAGGUAGCGAAAAUGGAAAUCGUUUCGUUGAAACGGAAUAUCAAAGUAAAUUGUUGACGGAAAUUAUACAAACCUUUGCGGUGGGUGAAGUGUGUCUAGUCGGACCGAAGGGAUGUGGAAAAUCUGUUUUGGUAUUCGAAUUGGCGCGACUGUUGAAUCAAACCAUCGAACCGAUGGUACUGUAUCAAGACAUGACGGCUAGAGAUUUGAUUCAACAACGUACGACCAAAAUUAAUGGCGAUACGAUUUGGCGUGAUUCUCCUCUGGUUCGAGCGGCUAAAAAUGGAACUAUCGCUGUACUGGACGGAAUACAUCGCAUCCAUAACAGUACCAUUUCUAUACUGCAUAGAUUGAUCCACGACCGUGAAGUGCAAUUGUAUGAUGGAACUCGAUUACUUCGGCACGAUAGAUAUGAUCAGCUGUUAGCCAAUGGUAGUACAGUGGAGGCGUUGAAUAGUAAAGGAGUUGUCAGGAUUCAUCCGUCGUUCAGAAUUAUUGCUCUUGCUGAGCCCCCAAAUGUUGAGACUGGUGCGAACUGGUUGACCCCAGAAAUGUUGAGCUUGUUCAUGUUCCAUGAAGUCCGAAAUUUGAGCAAAAGGGAAGAGCUUCACAUUAUUCAGGAGUUGUACGGAACGGUUGGCCCAUCAUUCGAUAAAAUAAUUAAUUUGGCCCAUCUGAUGAGGUCGGCCAAAGAUCCGCUACUGAAGAAUCUGUCAGCAACAUUGUCUACCAGGCAAUUACUUCGCAUCGCACAUAGAAUGGCCGUCUACUCUCCAGAAAAUGAACAAUCGUUAAAUCAAGAAUUGAAUUCGGCGUACAACACAAUUCAACGAGCAUUUUUGGCCAAAUUCCUUCCAGCACUACCGAGAGCCGCUUUAGAGAAUGCCAUCCGGAAUGUUGGUAUUGAGCGCUUGCGUCCAGCGACUGGUCAAAUCGAAUCAUCGAUAUCGGUGCAGAAUAAUAACCUACGGAUUGGCACCACAACCACUGCUUUGUAUAACACAGAAGCUGUAACAAAAGUUCCGGACAUUCUGUUCUACGAUGUGCCGCAACAUGUUCGACUUUUGGAGCAUCUGUUGCAGGAUUUCCUAAUUGGCAACCAUUUGCUUCUGGUUGGUAACCAAGGGGUCGGUAAAAAUAAAAUUGCCGACAAAUUGCUGCAACUGAUGAAUAGACCCAGAGAGUACAUUCAGUUGCACCGGGACACAACAGUUCAGACGUUAACAUUGCAACCAACGGUCAGAGAUGGUAUAGUUAUCUACGAGGACUCACCGCUCGUCAAGGCGGUCAAGCAUGGCUACAUUUUAGUCGUUGAUGAGGCAGACAAGGCUCCAACCCAUGUCACAUGUAUCCUAAAAACUCUAGUAGAAAAUGGGGAAAUGAUUCUCUCAGACGGUCGAAAGAUUUUGCCAUACUCACCUUCCAAUCAGUCACUGCCGCCAGAAUACUUCAUUCAAACGCAUCCAGAUUUCCGUAUGAUCGUCCUAGCAAAUCGUCCCGGUUUUCCAUUCUUGGGAAAUGAUUUCUUUGCUGCCCUCGGUGACCUAUUCAGUUGUCAUGCGGUAGACAAUCCAUCGACCGAUUCUGAAAUAUUCCUUCUACAGCAAUACGGGCCGAACGUGCCCAAAGCAACGCUAAUGAAGCUUGUCAGCGCUUUCGCUGAAUUGCGUUCAAUGGCCGACGUUGGACAGUUAAGUUAUCCGUACAGUACGCGUGAAGUGGUCAAUAUCGUGCGGCACUUGGAAAAAUUCCCGAACGAAGAUCUAUCCGAGCUUAUUGGUAAUGUGCUAGAUUUCGAUCGGUACACUCCGGAAUCGUUGGAACAAGUGACUGAUGUUUUGCAGAAGCAUGGCCUGGAAAUUGGAUCUUAUGCCAAAGAUGAAUUGGCGUUGUUACGUCGGAAGCGUGAGAUUCAAUUGACUAUUCAACAUUCCAAUCAAAAAAGUGUGUCGAUGCCCAAGCAUGGCAAAGAAGAUCCGGAGAAUAAGCCUCAUGUUGGUGGAAAUACGUGGGCCGGUGGCAGUGGCGGACGUGAUACAGCAGGACUUGGUGGCAGAGGCGGUCCAUAUCGAUUAGAUAAGGGACACAAUGUACAUCAACUAUCGGACGCGGACAAGGACGACAUUCCUGAACAUGUUAAAGAGGCAGCUAAAGCAAUGAAUCGCAAAGCAUUCGAGGAGAAACUGAAAGAGAUUAAAAUGUCGGUGUACGACCAUAGUGUCUACGAGCAAUUCCGGGUACCUGUUAAAAAUCAAAUACAACAGUUGAGGAUUGUGUUGACUGCACUGCAAGCGAAAAGCAAAGAACGCCAUUGGCAAAAGCAUCAAACAUCGGGCGAGCUAGACGACAAUAAACUUAUCGAAGGUAUAACCGGUGAACGGACAAUAUAUCGGAAAAGGGCGAAUCAAGAUCCUGAACCAGGCCAACCGCAAGAGAAACCGAAGAGAUUGAAAUUGGUGGUUGAUGUUUCUGGAUCAAUGUAUCGUUUUAACGGCUACGAUCACCGAUUGGACCGUCAAUUGGAAGCCGUUGUGAUGGUAAUGGAAGCGUUCGAAGGGUUCGAGCAGCGUGUGCAGUACGAUAUUGUUGGACACAGUGGCGAAGCGGAGCAGAUUCAAUUUGUUGAUCACAAAAAUCCACCGAAAGAUGACAAAUUGCGUCUGGAAACCAUCAAGACCAUGCACGCCCAUUCGCAAUUUUGUUGGUCUGGUGAUAACACUGUAAAUGCGACGAAAAUAGCUGUUGAUUCAUUGGCGAAGGAGGAAGACGAUUGUGAUGAGGCGAUCGUUAUCAUCCUUAGUGACGCUAAUUUGUCACGUUACGGCAUUUCGCCUCAGAGGCUAGCGCAGACAUUGACGUCACAGGAGCCAAAGGUGCAGGCGUACACCAUAUUCAUUGGAAGCUUGGACAACGAAGCUGAAAUAAUAACAAAGAGCAUGCCGGCGGGAAGAAGUUUCAUCUGCAUGGAUUUGAAGGAGCUUCCUCAGAUCCUCAAACAAAUUUUCGCUUCAUCGGUUUUGCAUCAAAGUAAAUUGUAAAAAUUUGUUAGUUAAAUCAAUGAAACAGGGGAAAAAUGAAUAGAUUUUUGUGAAUAAAACUUUGUUAUGGUACAA